AUGGACACUGAGGAUGCCAUCGCAAUUGUAGGCAUUGGCUGCAAGUUUCCUGGAGCAGAGAAUGUGGAAGAAUUUUGGAAUGUUCUUAAAAAUGGCGAAGAUCAUGUCAAAGAUAUUCCAAAAGAAAGAUUCAAUGUUGAGGCUUUCUAUGACAGCGAUCCUGACGCGCCUGGAAAAACAUACAUCAGAAAAGCUGGUUUAGUAUCUGGGAUCAACGAAUGGGAUUAUAAAUUUUUUGGAAUGGGAGAAAACGAAGCAAAGAGAAUCGAUCCCCAACAGCGAUUAGUUCUGGAGUGUACUUACAAGGCCAUGGAGGAUGGAGGAAUCACUAAAACGUCCCUGAAUCAAUCAGAUACAGGCGUUUAUAUAGGCGUCAUGAAUGGUGAGUUUGAAGCAAUCACUGGAAUAGAUCCUACCCUAAUUACCAACUACUCGGUAACAGGCGUGAGCAGAAGCAUAAUAUCCGCACAGGUUGCUUAUUUUUUAAACCUCCAUGGACCGGCAAUGACUUUGGAUACAGCUUGUUCCUCGUCACUUGUUGCAAUUCAUACAGCCGGACAAGCCAUUAAAACCGGGGACAUAAAGAUGGCGAUAUGCGGGGGUGCCAACGUCCUGUUAAGUCCAUCAACGUCAGUAGCUUUGUCCAAGGCACGAAUGGCAUCAAGGACUGGAAAAUGUCAUACCUUUUCCCAGAAUGCUGAUGGAUAUGUCAGAGGGGAGGGGUGUGGAAUUGUGAUUCUUAAACGACUUCGUGAUGCCAUUGCUGAGAACAAUAAAGUGUGGGGAAUCAUAGCCACUGCCUGCAAUCAAGACGGACACGAGAAUUCUCCGAUCACGGCACCAGCAGGUGUUCAGCAGGUCAAACUCUUAGAGAGAAUUUUCGAAAAAACAGCCAUUCAUCCCAGCAGUAUACAGUACAUAGAAGCUCACGGUACUGGGACCCCGGUGGGUGAUCCAAUAGAAGUCAAUGCUUUGGGGAAUUUUUUUAGUAGCCAUCGCAAUAACCACAAUAUAAAAAUUGGAUCAGUGAAAACUAAUAUUGGUCAUCUUGAAUCUGCUGCAGGAGUUGCAGGUCUCAUCAAAGUUCUUUUGAUGAUGAAAUAUGGAGAAUUUGUGCCAUCAUUGCACGCCAAGGAAUUGAACAAAAAUAUUCCAUUUCAAGAAUAUGGAUUUUUAGUCAGUCAAGACAAUACAGAAUGGAAAUACGAUACUCAUAGUCGCCGAUUAGCCUCAAUUAAUUCCUUUGGUUUCGGUGGCACAAAUUCACAUGCAAUAGUAUGCAGUACACCAAGUCUUAGCUCCCUACCAAACAAACACAAAGUUACCACGAGAGAGGUUCUUUUUCCAAACUCUCAAGUUGUUGUGGUGUCAGCAGUUACAAAAAAGUCAAUACAGGAAAUAACUGAAGACUUGAGGCAAAAUUUAAAUGAAAUGACGGUUUUAGAAGAUUUAUCGUAUACAUCUAUUCUUCGUAGGGAGCAUUUUAAAUUUCGCAAAAUGUUUGUCACAGAUUCGAUCAACUAUCUCGAUAAUCAGUUAAAAGCUUUUUCAAAUAGCGGCGAACAAAGCGUUUCUGGUACACAUUUCCAGCCACAAAAAAUAACAUUUGUUUUCUGUGGGGUAGGAACGACGUGGAAAGGAAUGUGUGCAGAAAUAAUGAUGAUAAAUCCAGUAUUCAGAAAGCAGGUGAUUGAAAUUGACAUGUACUUAAAAAAGCUAAAUGCAAAUAUAUCAAUGUAUGAAACCAUAAAAAACAAAGAGGAGAUUUAUGAAGAUGCAAUGAGAGCCCAUUUAGCAAUUUUUACAAUACAGGUUGCUCUAGCUGCAUCUUGGAGACACAUAGGAAUUCAGCCGUCAGCGGUCGUAGGGCAAUCUGUAGGUGAAGUGGCUGCAGCUUAUGAAUGUGGUUCACUUUCUCUUGAAGAAGCUGUAACCGUUAUUUAUAACCGUUCGCUUGUAUUAUCAGCUUGUAAAACUGGUGCAAUGAUGGUCAUUCGUAAUUGCUCAACCGAGGAGGUCAGUCAAGCUUGUGCCGAGGUUCUUAGAAAUUUUAAAUGUAAAGCCGACAUUGCUGUUUACAAUAGCAACGAGUCAUGCUCUGUGUCUGGUGAUGUAGAAGCACUGAAAAGAAUACAAACAAGAUUGAAAGAUAACGCUGUGUUUAUUCCCCUUAAAACAUCAUGUGCAUACCACAGUCAUCAUGCCAAAGAAGCGAGUGGGCGUCUCCCUGAUCUGUUGAAAAAUCUAAACCCCAAACCGCCACUUGUUCGUUUCUUUUCAACGGUAACAGGAAUGGAAAUGAAAAAUGAAUUUGCAUCAUCAACUUAUUGGGCAUCAAAUGUUUUGAAACCUGUAAAAUUUAUGCAAGCACUAAGAUCAGUCAAAGAUGAAUUACAGAAUGUUAUAUUUUUAGAAAUAGGACCCCGGCCUGUAUUCAUGGCACAUCAGUCAACAGUGUUUCCGAACACAAAUACCUUAGUCUUACCUUCAAUCAACAAAUCACUGGAUACGAAGACGUUUUUGAGCUCGUUGAACACAUUGUUUGAAAAAGGAAUAAAUCCUGCAUGGGAUCAUCUCACAGAAAUAAAUGGCAGUCUCUCAAAAUUUCCACGAUAUGUUCUUAGCAAGUCUGACUGCUUUCUUGAAUCUGAAAUGGUUAAAAGAUGGACACAAGAAAACAGUGUAGAAGGAAAUGCAGGAAGAAUGAUUCGUGACGUACCAGGAACGAACGGGGAAUUUAAAAUUCUUAUAUCUAAAUCAAAUACGCCCUUCAUAUAUGAACAUGUAGUAGAAAACAGGAUCAUUAUACCCGGUGCACUGUAUGGAGAGGCAGCACUUGAAAUUGGGAGGAUUUUAUUGACUGGGAAUAUAGAAGAUCUAGAAGUUUCAUGGAAAAUUUGGAAACCUCUUGAAAUCGCCAUGAACGAGGAAAAGUCUCUUCUCAUUGAAACUGAUUUUGUUUCGCCACAGAGAGUUCACUUCAGAGUCCGAGAAUCACCAGGUUCCCGGAUAUUAGCUGACGGGAAUGCACAACAUGUAGAGAAAAUAGAUUCCACGACAUUUGACGUUGGAGGAUUUGGAAUGACCCUUGGAAAACAACAGUCAGGGAUAGACAUCUACAAGCUUUUAAAUACUUUGGGUUUUAAGCAUGGCCCAACUUUUCGAAUAGUAUCGGAGUUCCAAACAUCAUUGAACGAUAGUCUCUCUAAAAUACACUUAACAAAAAAUGUCCAGAUGGAAUUGCCAAGAACCUGUUUCCAUCCCGUAAUCAUUGAUGGCAUGUUUCAAUCAUCUUUUAAUCCAAAUAUGUUAUCAGGGGUUUCAAAAGGAUGGCGUAUUCUUCCCACUGGUGUGAAACUGUUUAGGAAAUAUUUUUUUGAGGAAACAUGGCAGAAUAUCAUUCCUCCAAUUAGUGAUCAUUCUUACAGAAUACCAAGUUUAGUUUUUUCUUGGAAAGACGAAGAUCUUAGGGAGGCUAGAAAGACUUUGUGCAGGACUUGCUCAAAUGUAGAGUCUGUCAAUCUAUCUCACGAGGAAGAAAGGGCGGCUUUUCUGUCAUCCUUGAAGGAAAGAAAGCAUUUUAAUCUUUAUUUCAUUCCUGGUUUUGUCAAUGCAGAAUGUAAUUUAAAUGGGAAUAUUGUGUUAGAAACUGUAAAAAGAUCUUCCCACAUUCUCUUGAAGAUACUUCAAGAAAUAGAUACGAAAAGCACAAGCUUAUAUAUUAUAACAGAAUGGACACAGGGGGGCGAGAAAAGAGAUGUCUUUGGUGUUUUUGGAUCGGAGCUUUGGGGAAUGGGUCGAUCAUUUAAGAGGGAAUGUCCCGAAUUCAACCUCGUUAUGAUAGAUCUACAUGGACAGUUGGCGGACCUCCAGGAUUCAUUUUUGUCCAUUAACAAUGCUUUGAAAAAUGACAAAGAAAAUCUACUACCUCGGGAAUAUAUUAUAACAUCAAAAGGAGUCCUCACUAAACAGUUCCAAAAUAUGCCUUCCCUGUCUUUUGAAAGUGUUGUCAAGACAAUUGAUUCAAACAGAGAAAAGAGUUUUUCUGUGCGAGCAAGGUCAGCAAAAGAUAAUGAAACAUUAUUCAAAGUCCCAAACUUGGAAAAUUCCAAUUUUACAAAAGAGGGUUGUACUCUCUUGAUUGAUGAAGCACUGCUGUGUUCAAAAAAUCGCCUAUUUCCUCCCCAAAAAACUAUCCCAAUAGGAAAAUACUGGAGUCCCUAUCAUGACAUGGGUCUUGAUGUAAUGGCUUGCGAGUUUACAGGACGUUUCAUGAAAAAUGGGAUACAUGCUGUAGGUUGUUGUCUCGUCAAUGUCACUAGCACUGUUAUAGUAAACAAGCUAUGUAUAUGUGAAUUAUCUGACAUACCAUUUUACAGGAUAGGAAUGUUCUCAAACACUGUAAUAGCAAUGUGUUUGGCAGAAAAAAUUGGAAGAAAGAAUUAUGUUCAGAUAUUGUUUGACAAGCAAUAUGAUGACGUGACAAAAAUGUUACAGGCGAUGUUACGAAAGAAACAUUGUUCAGUUUUGGCUGCAGAAUUCGAUGCUGAAAAAGACACACAAAAUCCAUCAACGUCUUGUCUUGUGGUGUUAACAAAUCAAAUUGUUUGUUCUUUUGAAGCUAUUGUGUACUGGUUUCCAAACAUGAAGCAACUGCUCAGUAUUAAAGGUCUUCUGCCAUUGUCCACUACUUUAAAUAAUCAAACAGAGCAUCCAAAUAUAGAAUCUUGUGUUGUAGAUAUAUAUGAAGUAUUUGAGCAAGCUAAAAUGCAAAAGAGGUUCAUCCAAGCAAAACGACUAAUGCUUGACUAUGAAAAAAAUAUUUCUGAAAUGACUUUCCCGAGUUCAGGAUGCAUUUUGAACUUACCUUCCUUGAAUGAUUCUACAGAAGUAGAAGUGCCAAAUAAGUUCUUAAUAAGACCUGACUCGGCAUACAUUGUUAUUGGAGGACUUUCAGGUCUAGGCUGGGAAGUAACAAAAUUUUUAGCCGCUCGUGGUGCAAGAGUGGUAAUUAGUCUAUCUAGAAGAACCCCAUCUAAAUUAGAGAAUAAUCGAAUGGAAAACAUGAAAAAUAUUCGAAACACAGUUAUUAUGCAUGAAAAGGUUGAUAUUACACAAAUAAAAGACUUAGAACGUGUCUUCUUGGGUAUUUUGUGUCAAUUAGAUAGUACACGGAUUCGUGGAAUUUUUCAUGGCGCGGGUGUUCUCCAAGACUCACCUGUUAGUAAACUCACAAAGGAAAGCUUUGAUAUUCCACUGAUACCAAAAAUAUUAGGUACUUGGAAUUUGCAUUUAGUAACAAAAAACUUGGAUUUAGAUUAUUUUGUCAUGCAUUCCAGCAUUGCUUCUCUUUUUGGCAAUAGAGGACAGACUAACUAUGCGGCAGCGAAUGCAUUUAUGGACGCAUUUGCUUAUUAUAGAAGAUCAAAAGGUAAAGCAGCACAAGUUAUUAACUGGGGUCUUCUUUCAGUUGGAAUGGGAGCUGAUCAAAAUAUUCAGUCAAUGAAUGCAAUGAAUGGUCUUCAAGCUUUACCUAAAGAAAAGAUAAUCGUUGCAUUAAAUCAUGCAUUAGUUACAAAGAGAGUUCAAUUCACGUUUGCAGGCAUCGAUUCGUCUCGUAUAGAGAUUUUGGAUUGGAUUCUCAAAAAGCAAUAG